AGGAGAGCCUCAGUGCUUCGCGGGCUUCCGUGCAUGGCGGUCGAGGCACGCUGCCACUCCAUCUUGUCUACUCUUUUGCGCGCGUGUUCUGCUUUUAGGUCACUGUCAAGGUUGCUACACGCUUCAGCUUCGCUCCAAACACCGGAUUCCAUGAAAUUAAUAGGUUUUAUAACUGAUAGCCAUCUUUAAAACUCACAGUGUUUCUUAUUAGCGUUUACAGACUAACGUGACGAAUAGAACGCGAAACAAGAAUUAGUCAGUAAUCAGACAUUAAGCAUCUUAGCCUUUCAUCUGUUUUACAGUAUUAAAUAACUGGACUCAAGUUUAAAUAAUGAAUUAUGAACUUGCGUGUGCUUUGACAGCUUUGAUGAUCGAACACUAGUAAUUAGGCCUAAUGCGUGCUUAAUAAGUGCUUUUAACAAGUGAUAUCUGCUGUGUAAUAAAUUAGCAUAACCGUUAAACAGUCUUUGGUACUAGCUUUAUUGUGUGGUAUGUUAGUGAUUGUGAACUUAGAAAGGGAAAUAUAGUUUUUUAUAUCUAUUAACAUAAUACGUUAAGAACUGUUUAUCGAAAAUGGGGAAGGCUUGUGAGCAAAAUAUUAGUGCUGACUUCCUGCUUAACGUUGCUUUUUAACACAUUUCUAACCAUUUAUAGACAACAUAAUAUACAGUAUAGUGACGGAAUAGAUUUUAUAGAUAACAAAGGCUUUAAACAAGUGUUAACCGUGUUACAUGCCUUAAUAUGGAAGACAUCGAGUAUGUCAUAUCGAAGAAAGUGAAUUUCAAACUAUUUUAUCAACGCGAAACAUCAUAAUACUAGUUUCAAUUGUGGUUUUGUAAUACGAAAUAUCAUCGAAAUCAUCAUGCCUUGGUUGAACGCGUGUCUCUGUCAUCAGGAAAAGAAGAGACCCUGUAUCAGCCCUCCCAUUCAUCUGUUACUCAAGCCUGAGGCGGACACUCAGAGCCACACGUUUCGGUGUAAAGUUUUCAAAAGACCUCGUCCCUGCAAUCUGUGUCACCAACCCAUCCACCACCAGGGCAGCUGCUGUCGAGUGUGCAAGUACGUGUGUCACAAAGCCUGCGAGAACAAGGGUGCUGUGUUCCGCCACCCCAGGUUUGCCGACACGUCGCUCCAAAUCCAUCGCCAGUGGCAGAGGCGUCAGCUUGCCACGUUUCCCAGCGUCGCCGCCUCGGACGAGACGCACAGCUACGAUGCCGCACCGACGAAGAACCCGGCGAAAACGAAGCAGCCGACAGCUCUGACGUCACAGCCCCGGGGUUCGAGUGGUGUCGUGGCGGGCAGGUCGCCUCGUCACCGGGGCGAGGCAAUGGAUCUAAGUUACGUAACAGAGCGGAUCAUCGCGCUUUGGGUGCCGGGAGACGUGAGCCCCGUGUCGUACCGUCAGGGGCAGCAGAAGGCGGCCCACAUGCUGCACACCAAGCACGGCAAUAACUACAUGGUGUUCAACUUGUCGGAACCCCGACGAGUGACUCGGAGCCAUCACGAGCGAGUCAGGGAGUUAGGGUGGCCCUCAGACUUGGCUCCCCCUCUUGAGCGCCUGUGCAGUGUCUGUAAGGACAUCGAGUCCUGGCUGAGCGAGGACUCGCGUCGCAUUGCCGUCAUACACGCCAGAGGGAGCAAGGAUCGAAUUGGGGUUGUAAUCGCGGCUUACAUGCAUUACUCCAGUAUAUGCGGCAGUGCCGACCAGGCCCUAGACAGGUUCGCCAUGAGUCGUUACCUGGAGGACAAGGUCGGGGACCUGGAGCAGCCCUCGCACAAACGAUAUGUAGAGUACUUCUCGGGACUGCUGUCGGGGAGUAUCAGAAUCAACUCUGCGCCGUUGUACCUGACGCACGUCACUGUGUUGGGGGCUCCAGCCUUCGAGCCCGCGGAGGAACGAGAGGGGAGAGCUGUUGAGGCUGCUGGAGGCUGUCGGGCCUUCCUCAAGGUAUAUGAGGGUCUAAUCCCUGUAUAUACGUCAGGUGUAUACAGUGUUUGUGGAGGGACCCGGCAAUUCACGGUAAAUGUCGCGAGUGAAAGGCAGAGGAGGGGUCUGCAACUGAGAGGUGACAUACUACUCAAAUGUUACCACAGGCACUAUAACCCGGUGCCCACCGGGUCACCCAGCACCCAUUCCCCAGUCAUUGCAGCCACAGAGCGUCCUCAGAGAGAACUCAUCUUUGCCUGUCAGUUCCAUACGUGUGCAGUGACUGACUAUACCCUGAGCUUCACACGACAGGAACUAGAUUUUGCCUGCAGUGAUCUACGAUUCCCUCUGGAUGGAGCCGUUGAGCUACAUUUCUCUGCCACUCCUGAGAUACGCCUGCCUUCCCCUGCGCCUACGCCUGCCGUCCCGGUAGAUACAACUGAUGAUCCAGUGACAAGGUGGGACAGCUACGAGAACUUAGUGGCCUUGGGAUCACCGUUAGAUGGCGACACCGACAUCGAAGACACAAAUGGUGGGGAGGAGGCUGAAGUGAGUCACACAUUCGGGCCCCUUGACGGUUCUCUGUAUGCAACCAUCUCGAAGAAGCAGCAGCAAGAAUUGGAGCAUCAACAGGAGCAGCGUCAGCGCGAGGAGACGCCGGUUCGAGGCCCUCAGCAGGAGCUGACUGCAAGCGGCGCGGUGGUGAUCGGCAGUCCGCACACUGUCUCCAUGGACUCUGGCAUUUCGUCGGCCGGUAACGGGCUGCUACUGCACAAACAUCACCAGCACCAUAGCAACAGCAACAACACUUCUAAUGCGUCUUCCGCAUCACCACCGCCACCCCUGACAUCUCUCAACGGCCACGGUGGUUCCCUCCUGCAGCCAUCACCAUCGACGUCGACAGCAACACCUCUUUCACCACAAGAUCACCACCGAGCGUUGGACGAACUCCUCAACGACAUGCUAUUGACAGUCGAGAAUAUCCCAGACCUACCCCCAUCUGCUACUUCCCCAUAUGGCGAUCGCAGUUUUACCAUGAGGCACGUUGCGACUUUAAAUGACCUUCAGCCACCUCGUCCGUUCCAGCAUCACCAUAGCCCGCCCUCUGUUGCAAGUUGUGACGUCAUCAACCUACCAUUAACAGCGCGCACGGCUUCGACUUGCAGCAACAUUCCGCCAGUCAAACAGUUGCACAACGGCUACGGGGCUAGCGACACAAGCGCUCCUGGCGGCAGCGGGGAUCGUACAAAUGCGACGAAUACGUCGACUGUUCUUGACGAUUUGGUGGACGUAAAUUACAUUGACGAUACAGAAACUGACGAAAAUAUACCUUACCACGCCCGGCAGAACAGCAGCCCUUUCACGUAUGGUGCUAUACCCACGUCACCCCAGCAGCAGCAACAGACGUCGUCCACGGCCAUGUUGCAGAUGCACCCCGGGCUGGCAAGCCCCAGUCUAGUGCGCAAAGCGAGUUUCAGGGGCGGCGCUGCCACGCCAAAGGGAUCCCCAGUGUCCUCAACGACGACCCUGAGGCAGUCAUCGCUCGUGUCUUCGGCACAGCCCUCGCCACCAGAGGAUUUUGUUGACGGUGACGUAUCCGAUGUGUCGCCGACGAGAGACUACCGUUACAACGGGGCCUCGAGCACGUCACCAAGAUCACCUGAGUUCCACGACGGGCACAUAGUGGGUAUCACAAGCAAUGCCAGUAUCAAUAACCUGACCUGGCUACAGCGACAGCAACAGAAACUCAGAGAACGGAAAGAAGUGCAGAUGCGAACAGAGCGAUACCCACAAGAAUCACGUCUCAUCACCGAACUCCGGACCAUCCAGCAGCACAGCUACAAUCGCGUGCUUCGUCCUUCAGCGAGCCACCGUGCUGAUGGCUACACUAGUGACACUACGCACUUUGCAGAUGAAGACGACGAUCAAGAAGACUUCACGAUCCCACUUCACAUCAAUACAACCACAUCACCAACACACAAACUGAACAGUGUUGGAUCUGCCCCUGCAUCACCGUUACUGCCAAAUAGGACGUCCUCCAGAAGAUACUACGGAACUAGCACAACACCCAAUCUUCAGUCAUCAUCUGCAUCUUAUCUGAGUGGUGGGACUGGUUUUCUUGGUCGUCAGAAGUCUGAUUCUUCUUUUGACAGAGAGAGACCAUUUGUCGCAGUUAAGAGGGCUCAUGAACAAAGCAGGAAGUUCAAAGGACUGCAGAGUCCCCCUACAUCCCCUCAGGCAGUGCUGGCUGCUCACCCCCUGGGUCUUGCCCUGACACAUCAUGGUGAGCUUAGUAACAAAGAGCCACAGACUGACUCUGCAGGCCUUCUUACAAUGGUGGAGGAACAACGACAACACCAGCAGCAAAUGACCACACUAAGGCGUGGUGCUGGAGGAGGGGUGGGUAGAAGUGCUACUAACACCACAAGCAACAGCACCAGCAACAAUAAUCACCAAGAUGCAUUGGCCAGCCUCAUAGCUUCCCUAGCCGCUACUUCUGCCCCUGUAUCUGCUUCUAGCAAUACUAACAGUACUGCAUGGCAGCAACAGUUGAGAGAAGACAGUUUCUCAUCAUGGCGAACAACUUCAAUGAGUGAUGAGACAGGAAGUCCUCCACGGUCAAGCAGCCCACGACCACAAACUCCAGCGUUUCCUGUACAUCCCCGCACACCAUAUGUGAACAGCAGUUCACAACAAUUCGAUCCUCCAACAUCCUCCACCGGGCUACCACCCAAAAGUCCUACAACACAGCGACGUUUGAGUAAUUCGGGGUCGUUUAAAAAUCUGCGAAAGUGGCCUUCCAACUCUUCUGUUUCUAGCAAGGACCGUUCCCCCUCUCCAGUGUCUGAUCUGCCUCCUGCCAACACAGUGCCACAGCAAAAUAUCAGCAUCACCAGUACUUCUAGUGGUGGCAGUAGUAAUGGCCGUGGAGUUAUUGGUGUCAACACAACAGGAUUUCCCACUACAUCUCACUCGUCUGUCAGCAUUUCUGAUGGAUCUUAUCCUCAGCAGAGCCCCAAGAACUCAGCAUUGCAGAAUGGCAGCACAGGCCAGUCCUCACCCACAGUGUACUAUGGUCACUCACGCCGUUCCUCCCUCCACUCCAACAGCGAACCUCCCCAAGAAGUUUCCCCAGCUCAUGUAAAAUUUGUAAGAGAUACAUCACGAUUUUGGUACAAGCCAACAAUUUCUCGAGAAGAAGCUAUCAACAUGUUGCGUGAUCAAGCGCCAGGAACAUUUGUGGUACGAGAUUCCAACUCAUUCCCUGGUGCAUUUGGGCUAGCACUAAAAGUUGCUGUACCCCCUCCUAAUCUCCAGAGCAAGACAAAUGAUCCAGCUAGUGAACUGGUGCGCCAUUUCCUCAUCGAACCUACAUCAAGAGGUGUCAAACUCAAAGGAUGCAGCAAUGAACCUGUGUUCAGUUCGCUGUCAGCUCUAGUAUACCAACACUCAUUGAUGCCGAUGGCAUUGCCUUGCCGACUACUACUUCCUGAAAGUGAUGGGUCUCGACUACCUGCAGAUAGUCCUGGCACCAUAAGCACUGCACAGCUGCUACUUGCUCAGGGAGCAGCCUGCAAUGUUCUGUACCUGUAUACUCUGGAUACAGAAUCACUAACAGGUCCUCAAGCAAUAAAAAAGGCAGUCCAACACAUGUUCUCAACAAGACCAUUACCAACAGCAACAGUGGUUCACUUCAAGGUUUCUGGACAAGGCAUAACACUCACUGACAAUAAGCGCCAGCUGUUCUUCCGCAGGCAUUACCCUGUGACCACAAUUUCUUACUGUGGACUGGACCCAGAUGACCAUCGUUGGAGUCAAAAGAGUGAUGAAACGGGAAUGCCCAUCAGUUCAAACCGUUGUUUUGGAUUUGUGGCGAGGAAGCCAGCAAGUAAAACAGACAACCAGUGUCACAUCUUUGCUGAGCUUGAACCAGAGCAACCAGCAUCAGCCAUUGUCAACUUUGUCUCCAAGGUUAUGAUGAGUGGUGCUUCUGCAAAAGCAAACAUCGUUUGAAAGUGCUUCAUCUAGGCAUCUCGGCUGGUACUUGUAAUGAGUGCAUUUUGCUAUGUUGUAGGACCUUGAAGUGCGGGCGUUUUGAGAAUAUCAAAAUGCUUGGUCAAUGGUAUGUAUCUUUUUCACAAAUUAAAUGCAGUGUGUCCUCAAAAGAAUUGUACAGAUGGUAUCAUAUAAGUAUUGUAACAAAUGAAUUUGGACUAACUGUCUGGUAUUUGGUCCCAGGAUUGCUGGAAUUUUCCUUUUGGGAGCUGUACUUUCAUGAUUCAGUAUGUUCUGGGGAGUGUUACUAAUCACAGGGUAUGUCAAGGAAUUGUAAAUACAGCAGUAGGUUGGUAGAAAAGUGUGAGAUACUUAAAAUUACUUGUAGUUCCUGUCAUGAUUAAAAGCAAUAAAACCAUUUCCUUAUCAGCUGCAUCAUUAUAGAGAAAAACUGUAACAUUCUGUCAUGGUGAAUAUUUCAUGUAAUCAAUAAACAUCAGGCAAGACUUUUAAGUAUGCAUUUUCUGUUGGGUAACUCUUGAAAGAUGGUUGUAGUGUUGUGUGAUUAAAUUAUUAUAUGACAAAAGUGACAUCAUGAUCAUCAUUAAUUUAUCUGAGCAUUAUGGUGUGAUUAUUAUAGGAUAUUUAAUAAUGUUGCAUUUACACAUAACCUGAUUUCUAGACCAGGAUUCACCAAUGGUACUAAGUGAAUUGUUUGUUCCUCUCAUCAGACCAGAAGGCAGUACAAAUAUCAGGACAAUAUCAUAAAAUGGGUCACAGCUUUCUACCAUAUUUAUCCCAGCUUGUCAUUCAUAAUCACCUCUGCAGGUGAUGUAAAAUAAUUAAUAUAAAAAGCAAACUUUGUUUUCAGUAUAAUCUAAUGACAAAGAAAUUAUUUGGUUUUAUUUAUUUAUUUAUUCUUGGUUCAUUUAAUGACAGUUUCUAUAACUGAGAUUUUGUGAUGUUCAUUUAUAGGAUGAUAAGUGGAUAGUGAACUGAUUGGGGGGAGGGGGGGUGUUAGUCAUGGACUUCUUCAAGGACCUAUUCUGACUUUUUGCCUGAAGGGACUGAGGAACAUCACAAAAAUCUCAGGAUAGCAGUAGUUUGCCACAACAUUCAGUAAAAACAAACUAGUAGUCAUGACAUGCUUUGUACAGCACCUGAAAAUCUAUCAGCAAAUAUAUAUAUAUAUAAUACACGUAAAUUACUGGUUCUACACAAACUGUUUGUUAUAGAACCCUAUGUUUUGUUUAAAGUUCAUUAUAGGUUUCAUUAUGUGCAGUUCUUCUGUGGACAUUUUGUGUUACAUGCACUUGUAAUAUUGGAAAAGUGAGUAUUGAAUAGUGCAGACAAAUAUAAUAUCCUUAGAGACAUUACAAUACACCGCUGAUACAGCUUUAUUUUGAGAGAGGAGUCGCUGCUGCUGCUGCUGAUAUAACAUAACCGAGCUAACCUAACCUAAAUCUGCCAAAUGAUAAUUGUGUAUCUCAUAUUCUCAAAACUGUCCAUACUUGUAUGUAGUGUGUACAACAUAUCACCUUAUGCACAUGUUAAUAUGCUAUCUAUUGUCAUAUAUUAUAAAACAUGUAAACUAACUAUUUGUUAAUAUUGUACAGCCUAUACUUGUGAUGGUGUUAGAAUCCACACACGAAAGGUCCAUUGUGAUUGGAUUCCAAGAAGAACAUCGUAUGAGACCUUUUUUGUGUAUUGUACAUCUUGCCAUAACAGCCAUAAGAUUGUAUUGUAUCAAGUAGUUAUGUACAUUGCUGACACAUGUAAAGCCAUGCACCAAAGUUUCAUUAUUAAACCUUACUUAAGAGCACUUCCAUAAACUGUAGGUGUUUUAAAAUGUUAUUGACUGGUUUAAUUAAAUGAAGAAAGGCUGAUUCAGUUGCAGUCUCAAAUUUUGAGAUUUUGACCCAUAUACCAUGUGAAAAUUUCUAGCUAGCUGUUAUGAAAAAUUAUGUUAAUACUUUGAGACACUGUAAAAAGGCGCUGGAAGCCUCUGUCCAGGACUGUGUCCAGAAAAUGGAUGUAUACAUUAGUCUGUUUUGUUGUCUUCUGUGUCAUGUUGUAAGUGAUUUGGAUUAUGUAUGAAGUUGCUAAGCUUAUCUGAUAAGCCUACAAAUGGAUUAAGAAGAUGUGAUCCAAAUUAAACUGUGUGAAUGUUAACAAAAAUGUUAAGUGACUGUAUAUACACAAUGUACUAAAUGACAAACUUGCUAUUAUGUAGCAAGUGCUAUGGUUUUUAAGUGCAGGAAUUUUUAAUCUGUAAUAGAAAUGCUACUAAAAUUGUCAGUGAUUGAAAUAUUUAUCAUGUAAACUGUCAAAAGUCAAGUACAAUAUGAUUAUGCCAUAAUGUAUCUCAGAGACAGUUCUGUACGAUAACAGCAGAGUUGUCAUGAAAUUUAAUUACUGGUUAGUUUGUAACAUUAACAGAAUAUUUGUUAUGUGUGAUAUUUUAUUAUUUUUAAAUAUGCUUUCAUGUAACUUCUUGCAUUAUUUCAGCUUUAAUGAGAAAAAUUUAAAAUGAGAUUUGAGGUUCUCACAGUAGUGAGUAUGAAGAUGGCCAACUUUUGGGUUGUUGCACCUUGUAGUCUGGUAGAAGUUUACAAAUGUUCUGUAGGUCCUUGCUGCCUCCAUCACCCUAAUUAUGGACACAGCAACCACCUCUAAAAUAUCAGUAAACUUUUACCGGACUUCAUGUUGUAACAACAAAGAAGAUGGACAUCUUCAAAUUUAAAAAUGAUUUCCAUACUAAUGCUUGGAAUUGAAAGCCUUUUAAUCAUCCAAUUGAACCAGUUAAAUGAGAUAUCCUGCAGUAGUCAUUUUAAUAUUUGUUUCUUACCCAUUUAUUAUUAAUUAAAACAAAUUAUAUAUACAUAUUUUAUUAAGUAAUAUUAUUUUACUUGUACUAUUGUUUUAAGAUGUACAUAUGUAACUUUAGAUGGCCUCAUUUUAGCCUUAUUUCUUUGCUGUGAAUGACAAAUAAUUUCUUGAGUUUCUGGAGAAGUACAAGUUAGAUUAUUAAUUUGUUCUGUUUAACAUGAAAAUUUCCCAUUGUAAUAUAAAUCUAAAUAUAACAACAGUAAAUGAUUUAUCAGUGCUAUAUGCAUCCCAGUGAUUAUAUGUUACACUGUAUCUGUAGAAAAUACAGUCUGCUCAUUAUUUUUAUCCUUGAAAUGCCUAAUAAACAUGAUGCCUUUGAGGGGAAGGGAUGACAACAA